AUGGUACCAGCACCGCUGCCUCUACCGACGCGGUUUCCGUGCUGGUGCAGGGCCGUCUACUCUUGGGGAGGAGAGUCCAAGCGAGAUCUCGGCUUCAUCGAGGGUGAUUUGAUUGAGUGUCUCAACGCCGGUGACGGUUCGUGGUGGACUGGUAGGCUAUGGCGAGAUAGGAGGACUGUAGGAGUGUUUCCGUCCAACUUUGUCGAGGUCCUUCCGGCCGAUUUCCGCCCGACGACGAGAACCGCCAGCCCUCUACCUGCGGACAAAGCUCCCAGCCCAGGCACACCUCAAAAGUCAAGGACAUUCCGAAAGCCAUUCGAGGCCUACGCCAAGGCACCACAUUACACCGCAGCGAAACAACCCGAGGUUUACCGGACGAACCCGCACGCGAGGCCAAGGGGACACUCGGGGGAGUCGAUCCAGAGCGCUCUUCCUGAGUCUACAAGAAGGGAUCGGUCUCCAGCACCGUCGGCAUUGGUCUCUCGGGAGAACUCAUUCAACGAAACUGCCUCGACUAGAUUGCGAGCUUACACGUCACCAGCCCCCAGCGGUUACGUAUCGCGGGGCAACUCUUUCAACGACGGUGCCCAGCAGUACGUUUCGAGAGGGCGCACCCCGAUACCAGAUUACCAUCGAUCAAGGACGCCUGUUCAGGAUCCUCAUCGUGCUAGAACACCGAUCCCCGAUACCCAUCGUGCUAGAACGCCGGUGCCUGACCACCACCGGGCUAGGACACCAGUCCCUGAUCAUGAGCUUCGGUCGAGAACACCAGUCCCUGACUACGGCCACUCAUCGAGGGUCAAUUCUUACAACACGGACAGGGACCAGUCGCCUUUACCCCCUCCGCAUCGUGGCUCCAGAGAUCCUUCCCCCGCACCUUCGUUUAGCUAUAAGCCUUACCGCCCACCGCAAGGGAAGGUCGAUUCUCCACCGCCCCCAGCACCACCGCCACAUCGUCACGUUGGAGCGCCGCGACAUAAACAAAGUAUAUCCUAUGACAGCCGACACGAUGUUCCGCGUCACGGGUCCAAUUCUUCCUAUGACGAUCGUUUCAACGCAGGGCGGCAUGGCUCAAACAGCUCCUUUGACAAGCGAGUCGAUAUUGUGCGUCAAGGUUCAAACGCUUCGUAUGAGAACCGACAUCCCCCGCUGGACAGGAAUGGCUCGCACUUGUCGUACUCCCACCGACCACCAGCCAUUCAGACCCAAAGGGUGCCGUCCCCGUCUCCGCCGUCUCCUGCAGCGAGCCAUAUGACUCCUUCCCCACUACGGGAGGCAAUGGACGGCGUAAUAGAGCAGCUAGACGCCCUUGGAAUGCCUCGAGACCCAACACCGGAGCCGCCUUUGGACCCUUGGUCACCCGAGUCAUUCAACAUGGUCAACGACCGCGCGAGGAGAAAGAACACUUACCAGAGACCACAGACAUCGAUGGGAAUCGCCCAGCAAGACGAAGGUUACGAAACUUGGAGCGGCGGGUCUUCACGCGACCAGUCCUACCAGCAUGGACAUAGGGAGGACAAGGAGCAACUGCCUCAACUCAGUAAUUACGUCGAACGUAUGGAAAGCCGAUUGAAAAAAAUGCACCAACACAGCGCAAGCAUGGCUGACCUUGAGGAUGAGGCACCGAAGCCGCCACCGAAAGGCGCACUAUACGAGAGACCCAAGUCUUCCAUGGGCGCGACAGAGGAGAGGAAGCUGCGAGGGCGGAAAUCAGCAUACGAUAUCGGCCGGAACGUGCUGAACAGGACUUUUACGACCAAGACCAACUCUACCAGCGCAUCGUCCGGGAACCAGAGUUCGACAACCCAGAGCAGCGACAGGAGUUUAAUGAGUGGCUCCUCAGCUGGCGCCAUUAGCGCUACAAGCGCAGGCAGUUUUGCUCGGAAGACCCAAAAGCGUGCCCAGAGUGCCUUGGGAAUGCGUGAUGCUGACAUUGAACGACCUGAGACUCCUUUCACUGGAGUCACAUACCACAGCAGUCACGCAUCCGAGGCGGCUCGGCCGAAAUCGCAAGUUGGUUUUCACGAGGAUGCAGGACUCGGGGGGCUUGUUACUCCAAAACCUCCGAAAAGAAACAUCUUCAAGAAACUCCUCGAUACAGCAAAGACUGGGGUGGCAUCCGGGCGCAGUAGUAUUGCCAUGGGUGGCGACUCGCCAAGGUCAUCGCCCUUUGCUCGGUCUAUGCCCAAUGUUGCCUCUCAGGCUGGUGCUAGCGUUUCCAACCUGUCUGCCUUGGGGAGCACUGGUUUCGGUAGGGACGUUGCCAGGGAUAUGGGCGCCGCCAAUGGUGUCGAUUGGGUGCAGGUGCGGAGGGAUGUCAAUCGAUCCAACUCAUUAAGCAAGAACGAAAGGAACGAACGGAGAGACCGAUGUCAAAUGCUCGACUAUCCGGCGCUGAAUCCAGUCGACGAGCUGUACGAAGGCGUCGAGGGCGAUGAAGGGGCUGAUGGGUUGCCAGUGGAGGAUCCCAUCGACUAUCAAGCCCUGAACCUCACCCAAGUCGACAAGAACUCGAGGUUUUUGAGCAGUCUUCCCGCAAUGACGACGGCCUUAUCACUUGCAACUACCUACGUUUGUCGUCCGUACCGCAGCGACGUUCAAAGGCUGCGAGCAAUUUUUACCUGGGUAUCAGAGAAGAUCUGCUGGGAAGACGACGUCGAAGGAGAGAUCGACACAAGAAGAGUGGUUCAAUCGAAACGAGCAUGCGCCGAGGAGUAUGCUGCUCUAGUGCAGGAGAUGUGCUCCGCUGUAGGCAUUCACUGUGAAAUGGUUCGGGGAUAUCUCAAGACACCAGGCGAAAUUCCAGAGCACAACAUCAUGCCUCGGGCAAAUCAUUGGUGGAACGCGGUGCUGGUUGACAACGAGUGGCGUAUGAUGGACUGUUGCAUAGCCAGUCCAUCCUAUCCAAGGAGGCAUCUCUACUCGAGUGCCGGCAACAGCGCAGCCGACCUCUGGUGGUUCCUCGCACGACCGACUGAAAUAUGCUGGACGCAUAUUCCUGAACACCACGCUCAGCAGCAUAUUUGCCCUCCGCAAGCGCAUGAAGUUCUUCUCAACCUGCCCUGCGCCUGCCCUCCUUUCUUCAAGAAUGAGCUGGAGAUGGUUGACUACAAUACGGCUGCAACUCGCAUAGAAGACCUAGAGAUGGUACAUAUCAAGUUCAAUGUACCAGCCGAUGUAGAGGUUGCAGCCGAGGUUGAGGUUCGAGGUUACACGAGGGAUGUGGACGGCGAUGUCUUCGAGAGCGGCGAGGUGGUAAAGAAGAGAGCACUGGCCCAAGCCGAAUGGUUCAACGGUAUCAAGCGAUACACAGUGAAGGCUUUGUUGCCCGGCGACGAAGGACAGGGAAUCUUGAAGAUCUACGCCGGUAAGCGCGGUCUGAUGCACAGCAUCAAGGACAUCCCCCAUCCAACAGCGUUUGCACUGCCGAUAAUUCAUACGGGAGAGAACCCCCCAUACGAAUUCGUGACGAGGCAUCCAACACCUCACGCACAACGUCACGACAUCUAUGUUGUUCAGCCUCAAUGUCAACGUCUGGCUCUGAACAACACCUUCGUCUUCGCGAUCCGCCAACACCCAAGCUCCCUUACAAGCGGCGGAGGAUCAGUGAUGACGCCUUCAUCGAACCCCGGAGGCGCAAGUCCGAUCCCAUUCGCAAGACCAAGCUCAGCUCUGAGUAUGACAGCCUCGAACGUUAGCAUGUCUACCUCCGGCGUGGCUUCGGGAUCCUCAGGAAAGAAACCGGCAAAACUGGCCAUCCAAACCCCUGGUGGCAAGAUCCUCCGUCUUAUGCGGAAGGAGGAUCGUCGGGGAAUCAGCGUUGGCGGCAGAGGAAGUGAGGAGGAGGUUAGCGACGGUGGCACUUGGGAGACCAUUAUCAAGUGCUCAGAGAAGGGUUGGCCAAUAGUCAGUAUGGAGUCCCUCGCGGCGCUGGGCCUCGCUUCGAAUAUUGUGCAGUUUAUCGAUUUUUCUUCGAACCUCGUACGCGAUGCCGCCAAGGUCUAUCAAUCGGCUUCUGGCCUCCCAGCAGAGCUGCAAGAUGUAGCCGUCGUUACUGAGAGCCUCGAGUCUUAUAUGGGCCGGCUUUCUAUAUCCCAGCACAACCCGACUCCUUCAGCAAGUGACAAGGCCUUUGCCACGCUUGCCAAUAAUUGCCGAAGCACGUGUGCUGAGUUGCAGCAAUUAGUCGAGAAGGUCAAGGGCAAGGAGCCUAGGUCUCGGAAGGACAGUUUUCGCGUCGCUUGGAGAGCUCUGCGCCAGAAGGGCAAGCUGGAGGAAUUGGAGAAGAGAGAGGAGCAUCAAGAUACACAUGACCAAGUCAAGUCACAGACAGCUUUGGACGCUACGAAUGCUCAAGAAACCAGAGAAGAGUAUCAAAAAGCUAAAGACGAAAUUAUUGCCGCCGUCCACUCGAUGCAAAAGGCUCAGGCAAAGGAUGCCAACAACACAUUGUCAGCUCAUGGCGACGUUCUUGGGGAGAUUCGCGAUGCGCUGCACAAAAUGUCAAACACCAUGAAGACUACCAGUGCAGAAAGACAGAUUUUGGAUAAGCUAUGGUUCUCUGAGCUGCAAACCCGAGCCUUUUCGAUUGAGGAAGCUCAUCGAGGAACGUAUCGUUGGCUCUUGCAUGACCCGGACACCGAUCCAGAACAGCAUUGGGAGGGUAACUCGGAAACACUUUCAGAUGUGUCUGAUGAUAACGUCUACUUCGACCGUAGUGUAGACGACGAAGAUUACGAAGAAUAUUACGGAGAUGAUCACGAAUAUGAAAAUGAAAAUGAUGGUGAAGAGAGUAGCGAAGAAGAUGAAGGAGAAGAAGACAUCGAAGGAGACCAGAGGAUGAGAGGACCACGCCAGACAGAAACAACCCAAUCUCAACGCCAAACUGAGUCACAAUCAACCUUCAUAUAUGCAACACAUAGACUAGGCACAGAGCAGGGCGAAAGACGAAUUUGGCGAGAGCGCUUCAAAAGUUGGCUAGAAAGUGAGAAUGGCUUCUUCUACAUUACAGGGAAGCCCGGUUCAGGAAAAUCGACCCUCAUGAAAAGCAUCGGCCAAGACCCGGCUACACGAAAUCUUCUUGAAGCCUGGGCGCGCAAGGAUGGAAAAGAUCUGUUGCUUAGCCAAUUCUUCUUCUGGAAUUCCGGUACUAUGCUUCAGAAGAGCAUUGAAGGGCUCUAUAGAAGCAUUUUGUGGGAAGUGCUUCAGCUUAGACCUGACUUGAUUGAGCAAGUCUUCCCUAGCCUCUGGCAAAAGGCGUGCGACGGUAUAAUUCAGGAGUCUGAUAUCAACCUACCGCUUCUGGAAGCGACUUUUAAGAACCUUAUCAGCAGUCAGGAGCUACUUAGUAAGCACAGCAUGUGCUUUUUCAUUGAUGGGCUUGAUGAAUUUGAAGGAGACUACUGGAAGCUGGCCAAGUACCUCAAGAGCUGUUCGCCGGUGAUGAGCGGUUCGUCGAAGCCCGUCAGAUCAGCAUAG